AUGAGUAUGCAAAGGACUCCGCCACCAUCCUCAACAAAACCUACACAAGCGCACGGACAAUUCCAAUGUGAUCCCGACUUCGCGCCAACGGAGGCUCCUAUUUCCACCAUCAGCGAUACGAAUAUUUCUGUGCGCAGUAAGAGACAACGUGUUGACGACUCUCCACUCAAAGCGAGUUCUUACGUAUGUGCAGCGUGCACAGACCUCAAAAAAGAGCUCCUGGAUAUGCUCACAAAUUGGAAAUCCGAACAAGACGUGAGACUCACAUCAUGGAAAGCUGAUCAAGACGUUAUAUUAACGAAACUUAUCAACGACGUUUCAGACCUAAAAAACCAAUACCUCUCAAUCAAAGCCUCAAACACAGAAAUUGAAAAAAGUAUAACUUUCAUCAAUGAAAAAUACGAAGAAAUCAGAGGAUUCAUUUCUGAUGUUGUUUUGACUUUGAGGAGACCUGUUUUGGAGUAG